UUAGAGGAAGCUGGCAUCUUUAGGUGUCCGCUUUGGAAAUUUCGGAACAGCAAAGCGAAAGGUUACACUCCUCGGUUUUCUCUUAUUCAGUUGGAGAAUUUCAAGCCGAGAUCUAUCUUAUCAUCUCAGUUUCACAUCUUUAAUCACUGUUGUAAUGGCCGGUCCUGCCUCCGUUUCCAAACAUUCUUCAAGCUUAUGGCUCUCUUCAAACCCUAGCAAGAGAUGGGGUGAACUCUUCUUUCUUUCCUAUACUCCAUUUUGGCUCACUCUUUGCUUGGGAAUUGUGGUUCCUUUCAAACUCUACGAGAGGUUUACGGAAUUGGAAUAUUUGCUUUCUGGAUUAUUAGCAGCACUUCCUUCCUUUUUGAUACCGGUGGUGUGGCCUGGAGAGGCUGACCGCAGUUUGCCUUGGAAAGAUCGAUAUUGGGUGAAGGCUAGUCUUUGGAUAGUAAUCUUCAGCUAUGUUGGAAAUUACUUUUGGACCCACUACUUUUUCACUGUUUUGGGGGCAUCUUAUACGUUUCCAUCAUGGAGGAUGAAUAAUGUACCACACACAACCUUUCUUCUUACCCACGUAUGCUUUCUGUUCUAUCACGUCGCAUCUAACAUGACUCUUCGGAGACUUCGCCAUUCCAUUGCCGACUUACCAGAAAAUAUUCAAAGGGUUAUGCUGGUUGCGUGGAUUGUGGCACUCUCAUACUUCAUUGCUUACUUGGAGACUCUGGCUAUUUCUAAUUUCCCUUACUACCAAUUUGUGGAUCGGGCUUCAAUGUACAAAGUUGGCUCUUUGUUUUAUGCCAUCUACUUCUUCGUCAGCUUCCCAAUGUUCUUGAGGAUUGACGAGAAGCCUGGUGAUCUUUGGGACUUACCAAGAGUGGCAGUUGAUUCUCUAGGAGCAGCAAUGUUGGUAACAAUUUUACUUGAUCUAUGGCGCAUCUUUCUUGGCCCUAUCGUACCACUUCCCAAAAAGCAAUGCUAUCAACCAGGGCUACCAUGGUUUCUUGGACAAACCAAUUGAAACUCAGAGACUGCUUUGCUGUUAAUGUUAAUGUGAUCUUGUGUUGUACUAUAGCUAUUAUGGUAGUUUUAGCUCUAUUUGUGAACACUCUUAGAGUUCAUUGUGUUAGUUACUAUUGAUCAAUUAUCCUUCCAUCUCAUUUUCAUUCGGUCUCCUCGAAUUCAAACUACUAAGAUCCCAUAA